AAGAAGACGAAGACGAAGAAGAAAAAGAUGAAGACGAAGAAGAAGAAGAAGAAGAAGAUGAAGAA